AUGCCCCUCGCGUCCUUCCGGGACGCAUUCUCAUUCCCCGCCACGACCGCCCUUCCCGGGCAGCAUGGGCUUCCCGGGGUUCACGUGGGUCACGUGGGUCACGAAAGGCCCGCGCAAAUAGAAGUCCCGCGCUCCGCUCUACUUCAGGGCGAUUUCGGGGAGGCAAAGCCCUCGUUCGGCUUCCGUCACUGGCGUUACCCAUGGAUUGUGGAUGGAUCUUUCGGGCACGGAUGCCCACCAGAGCUCAACUUCUUCACAUCCGGCCGGUUCGAGGUUGUCUGCUCUGAGAUUCCGUUUUCCGCAGGACGCUUUUUGCGCCGGCUGCCUUCUUACGGCGGGAGCUUUCUCUGGCGGAUGGAACCUGGAUCUGUGGCGAUUUCGAAGCUGCGGUUGUUCGUGCUGGACGGAGAUUCCGAGGGCUUCGGGAACCAAACCCUGAAGGAGCUCGAAGGCGGCGCGUUCGGCGAUGCCACCUUCGAGGCCAUCCUCCUCCAGGAGACGGAGGUGGAGGCGAUCCACUUCGCCGCCCUCCUGCCCUCCAAGGACCGGCUGGAGGCUCUGGCCGUGAGGCGGAGAGGGCGGGAGGCGGAGGGAGGGCUGAGGCGGUUCCCCUUCCGCGAGCUCUACCGCCUCCCGCGGCUCGCGGAACUCGUGCUCCGCGGCAACAACUUCUCCAUCGUGCUCGCGUUCGCGAGUCCGAGCCUGCAGCGGCUGGACCUCGAGGGCAACGGGAUCGCCCGGCUCGGGUCCGGCUGGUCCAUGCCCAACUUGAGUGAUCUCCUCUUGAGCGAGAACCCUCUCAAGCGCCUCCCUCGCGGGUUCCUCGAGGGCUUCCCCAAGCUGUCGCGAUUCGCGUGCCGCGGGUGCGAGCUGGGCCCUCUCCUCCGGGCCGGGGCCAUCAACCUCCGCAAAGGAGGAAGGGAUGAAGAGGGAGGGAAGGAAGGAGGGAGGGAGGGAGGAGGAAGAGAGGGAGGGAGGGAAGAGAAGGAGAGGGCGGAGGAUGUGAUGUCUAACGUGGGGCGACAGAAGCAUGAGGCAAAAAGGCAUGAGCCUAACCAGGGCGAGUCUAAACGACCUCGUCCCUCCUGGACACCUCGCUGCCGCGUUUCGAGGAGCGACCGCGAGGCCGUCGGCGGGGAAUCCCGAUUCCACUCGACGCGGGAUUCGCCGAUUCCCCAGAGACGGCCGCGAUGUUGCCCGGGAUUCUCCUCGAGCGUGAACGCGCGACUCACCGGUCGCCCUCGAUCACGCCGGAUUCCGCCCGGCCGUCGCUGCGGAGGAGGUCGUCUCCCUCCUCCCUUGCUGCAGAACGGCCGUUCUCCCCUCCUCGGCCUUGACACCUACGACACGAACUCUUCAAGCGUGACGGCCUCGACCAGCAUCGACCUCAGCGCGAACCCGGUGAAACUGGAGGAGGCCUUCCGACCGAUACUGGAGGUGCUUCAGCGCGGAGACGGCUACCUCAAUCUUAGGAGCGCGCAAUACAUUCGAGAGGAGGCCACCUCGGUGAAAUGCCUCUGCGACCUGGCCUGGCUGUUCCUCAGGCCUCGCCUCUGGCGGCGGGUCGUAUUCCCGUAUUUCGGUGCCUGCGAGGGCGGGCCCGCGCUGGGCGACCUGCAGCCGGAUUUCUUCCGGGACUGUCCGGCCGUGAACGACACCGAACUUCCACCAACCUUCUCAUCCGCCAUCCUGGCAAAACGACGAAAUUUCAGAGAAACCGGAGAGCCGUGGAACGCGACGAGUCCUCCCCCGGCGACGAUCCGGAACGAAUCCGACGAGAACCGCCGGGCGCGCGAGAAGAAGCUGUCCCGGUGGAACUGGCUCUGCCCGUACAAGUGCGUGCCGGAGGGCGAGAGCGACGAGUGCGACGGGGAGGCGAGGAUCGAGUGCGGGCACGGGGGGUGCGAGGAGGGGGAGGUGUGCUGCAGGCGGGAGGAGGAGGGGACGCACGCGGUGACGCUGGGGGUGGCGGGGCCGGUGAUCGUCGUCGUGGUGGGGGGGCUGCUGGCGCUGGUGUUUCGGCCUGGGGUGGAUGGACUUGGAGGUGGAGGCCUGGGGUGGAUGGACUUGGAGGCGGAGGCCUGGGGUGGAUGGACUUGGAGGUGGAUGGCUGGGGUGGAUGGGCUUGGAGGUGGAGGGCCGUUCGACAGGCGGAUGGGGGAUGCAGGUGGAUGGGCUGGACCCGUUUUCCUCUGUCUCUCUGCGAGGGCGAAGAGGGCUGCCCUGAGGUUGCCAGGGGCUGAUUGCCCCUUCUGCCCCCCCUCUGGGAGCCCUGACAUUCUGGGGCGACUUCGCAUGAAGUGGAAAUUCCCACUUGCAUUGUGGUGGGACAAGGGGUCGAAAUCGUUUGACUCUGAGGACAUCUACCGGAUGCCAAUUGAAACGACGAGAAGAACGGGAGUGCUUCCUGUGGUUCUCGGUUUUUUGUGGUUUGUAUUCCUCAAGUGCGAGGGGAUACUUGGGAUCCAGGAAUUUCUCGUGAGGAUCCAGAUUCGUUAUCUCAACACGUGA